CGGUGCGCAACUUGGAGAAACAACUACACUGUCCGGAGGAGCGCGCGCGUGUGUGUGUGUGUGUGUGUGUGUGCGUUUACUGUGUGCUUCACGAGCCUGUUUGAGAACGUAUUCAUGAGGACGUAAAGGUGCCAUAAACUACACGGGACUCGGACUCUCUGUGGACCUCUGUGGAGCCAUGGCUUAUUUUAAAAACUACAAUACUUAUCUGUCCAUCUUCAUUUUGAUAGUUAGCACUACCUGCCACACUCUUUUGGACAGAUUUCUUGAGGAGAACUUCUCAGAUCAGCUGUUUCCUCAUCCUCUGGACUCAGAGGACGACAGUCAAAGUACCUCCUGUGAUUUUGAGUCACUGUGCCUCUGGACUUUAUCAAAUCACAGCGACCAAAGUGACUGGUCAGUGGUGUCGCCACAGCAACCAGAAAGCACUCAGACUGGGAUGAUGCCAGUGACGGAUCACUCGGCAGGAAGCUCUGACGGGCACUUCCUUCUCCUAAGCUCCUCCCCUACCGCCGAGGCCUCUGGGAGAUGCAAGUACCACUUAAGCAGCCCGGUCUUGCCAGGAAACGACAGGCACUGCACCUUGCAGGUGGCUCUGUAUGAGUCCGGUCCAGCGGUGGGGAACCUCACGCUCCUGAUCAAGCCAAUCCACUCAGACUCAGCUGUUCUCUCUGUGGAUCUCAACCACAGGAGACCUGAUGAACGCAGGGCUGACUGGGAGGUCCUGGAGACUGUGAUUGGUCAGGUGGACGAGCCCUUUCAGGUGAUUCUGCUCUACACUUCCUGUUUGAGGGACGAUGGAGGCACCUUGGCUCUGGACUCUCUGGAGCUCGUAGACUGUGAAUCAGAACACCAGGUCAUCGGACUGGAAGCGGCUUGUGGGGAAUCUUUCCACUGUGAAAAUUCGGGAGGAUGUAUCGACCAGAGCCAAGUGUGCAACUUCCACACCGACUGUCCUUUAGGGGAGGACGAGGGCUUCAUCUGUGGUGCUCUUCCAUUCGGCUCUCACUGUUCAUUUGAACAGGGUGCAUGUGGUUGGUCUGCGUCCAACCAGCACUCGGCCUGGAGAAGAGUAGCUGGAGACGACCUUCUGGAGAAAGAGGACAUGCAGGGUGUCACUCUGCAGAGAACACCAGGGCACUUCCUGUUUCUGCAGGUAAGAGAGAGCAAUUCCCUCCGAGAGGCAUCCAUUCAGAGCUCGUCUUUUUCUCCCCCAGUCUCUACUACUGCAUGUCAGAUGCGUUUCUCUCUGUACCUUCAUGGGGACUUUAAUGGUACAUUGCUGGUGGCUAUAGAGGAGAAUGGGACGACAACCGCUCCACUGGUCUGGGAGAGAAAUGAUCAGUGGACAGACGACUGGGAAGAUGUUGCCCUGCAGCUGACUGGCCUUCAUCAUGGGUUCCACGUUAAGGUGACAGCUGUGUGGGCAAAAGGCUCUAAUGCCGAUGUUGCUCUCGAUGACAUUGCAAUUGGAGCUGCCUGCUUCGACACAGAUCUGAACUCGCUCCUGCCCAUGGCUCACUUGGAGGAUUUCUUAAGCCCCCUUCCAGAGCCUUCAGCCUCAGAGGUUUCUUUGAUGACAUGGUGGUUUAACUCAUGUGGUGCCAGUGGUCCCCACGGCCCAACCCAGGCCCAGUGUGACAGUACCUACAGGAACAAAAAUGUCAGUGUUACAGUGGGGAAGGAAGAUCCCCGGAAAGGAGUCCAAAUGUGGAGGGUUCCUGCUACUAACCGAUACCUGAUCUCUGCUUACGGGGCUGGAGGAGGGAAAGGAGCCAAAAACCACAACAAACGCAACCACGGCGUCUUCAUAUCUGCCAUAUUUCCUCUGGAGAAAGGAGAUAUACUUUACAUCUUGGUGGGCCACCAGGGAGAGGAUGCGUGCCCUGGGAGAAAUCCCCACACCCAGAGGAUCUGCUUGGGAGAGUCGUCAGUGAUUGAAGACAAACUCGGGGGAGAGACCGGUGCAGAGUGGGCUGGGGGAGGAGGCGGAGGAGGGGGAGCCACCCACAUCUUUAAGAUGGAGGGAGGUGAGCUGGUUCCCUUGCUGAUUGCGGCUGGUGGAGGAGGAAAUGCUUACCUGGAGGACCCAGAGUCCAGUCUGGACCAGAUACCACUGGAGCAGUAUGAAAACAGCACCAUAGCUCCCAGCACCAACGGUCAAACUGGUGCUGCAGGUGGAGGUGGAGGCUGGAAAGACAGUAUCGGUCCCCACCUGGAGGCGGGAAAGUCUCUGGUGGAGGGUGCUGAGGGGGGGUCCUCGUGUUCCCUCGCCCUGUCCAAGCUCAGUUGGUCAACCUUUGGGGGAUUUGGAGGUGGAGGUGGGGCCUGCACAGCUGGAGGCGGUGGAGGAGGUUACAGAGGAGGUGACGCUGCGCUGACAGAUGAGAUCACAGCCGACGGUGAGAAUGGAAUCUCAUUCAUUCAUCCGACGGGAGAGAUUUUCCUUCAGCCUCUGGCAGCCAUGGAGAGUCAUGGCGAGUGUGAGAUCAAGGUGCGGCUGAACUGCAGCCACUGUCAAACACAGAGCUGCAAACGAGAUGAGGACACUCACCUCAUCCUCUGUCUCUGCGACGACGACGACGAAGUCCUGGCCAGUGACAACGUCACAUGUGUCAGCACCAUAGCUCCUCAAGGCCCGGCUCUGCAGGGCCAGAUGUCGACGUCUUUGAUCUUGGCAGUCGUGGUCUCCAUCAUUGCGAGCGGCAUUGCGCUGAUCUGCACUGGCGUCAUCCUCAUCUGGUACCGCAGGAAGAACGACCUGCAUGCAGUGAGGCGGCAUCUGCAGAGUCCAGAGUACAAGCUGAGCAAGAUCCGCUCCUCCACCAUCAUGACAGACUACAACCCCAACUACUGCUUUGCAGGGAAGUCCGCCUCACUCAAUGAACUGAAAGAAGUACCACGCAAGAACAUAACACUUCUCAGGGCUCUCGGCCAUGGUGCAUUCGGUGAAGUCUAUGAAGGACAAGUUCUGGGGAUGAGCAGCGAUAACAGCCCCCUGCAGGUGGCCAUAAAGACUCUUCCAGAAAUCUGCUCCGAACAGGAUGAAAUGGAUUUCCUGAUGGAGGCCCUGAUUAUGAGCAAGUUCAGCCAUGACAACAUUGUGCGUUGCAUCGGCGUCAGUCUGAACAUCCUGCCUCGUUUUAUUCUGCUGGAGCUGAUGACGGGAGGAGACAUGAAGAGCUUCCUGAGACAGAACAGGCCACGGGCUGGCCAGACCUCUACUCUCACCAUGCGGGAGCUGCUGCAGAUGGCCAGAGACAUCGCCUUCGGCUGUCGCUACCUGGAGGAGAACCACUUCAUACACAGAGACAUCGCUGCUAGAAAUUGCCUGCUUACCUGCCCUGGACCAGACAGAGUGGCCAAAAUUGGCGAUUUCGGCAUGGCACGAGACAUAUACAGAGCCAGCUAUUACCGGAAAGGUGGCCGUGCCAUGCUGCCAGUCAAAUGGAUGCCACCAGAGGCCUUCAUGGAGGGAAUCUUCACCUGCAAGACUGAUACAUGGUCAUUUGGAGUGCUGCUGUGGGAGAUCCUCUCUCUGGGUUUCAUGCCGUAUCCUUGUAAAACCAACCAAGAGGUGCUGGAGUUUGUCAACAGUGGAGGCAGAAUGGAUCCUCCCAAGAGCUGUCCGGGGCCUGUCUAUCGGAUCAUGACCCAGUGUUGGCAACACUGUCCCGAGCACCGGCCCAACUUCUCUACUAUCCUGGAAAGAAUUAACUACUGCUCUCAGGACCCAGAUGUGAUCAACACACCCCUGCCAAUGGAAUAUACCCCCACCGCAGAGGACAAUGGUGGCACAAUAAUCCGUCCCUCUGACCACACCUCCACCAGCCUCACUCCACUCUCAGUGUCCCAUCCCGUUUCCCAGGCUUUCCCCUCUCAGCUGGGUCUCUCCUCUCUGGGCCUUGGUCCAACACCUCUUCCCCCACAGCCUACCAAACCCCGUCUACUGCUCCAGAGGACCCAACCUGUCCACCACGAAGUGACAUCAUGCCGUGAGGCUUUGGAGCCGUGCUGGGCUGAGCCUGUUCCUGCCCCUGGUUUGUCAGCAGGAGGCCACUGGCUCCACCCUGAGCCUCCUCAUCACCGACCUUGCUCCAGAAACAGCUCCUCCUCAGGGAGCCAGAGGCUGAAGAACAAAACAAAGAACCUGUGGAACCCCACAUAUGGCUCCUGGGUUUUGGAAAACUUCCGGGGGAAGAAAACACUCGCUCACACUCAGUCCAUGCCACUCUCAAGCUCUGCUGCCACCGUCUCCAACACACAGGCUCCUCAGACCUGCAACCCAACCUUAGAGAGCAACGAAGCUGAGUGUAACAGCACCCACCUCAGCCCCUCCAGCCUCUGCACUUCCUCAACCUCAUCCCCGUCCUGCCAAGCUAAAACUGCCCCGAGCACGUCCUCCCAUAAGACCCCAACAGGUGGCAUCAUAAAAGCUGGUAUGGACCUGGCGAAGCUCCAGAGUUUCCCCUGUGGCAACGUCAACUAUGCCUACGAUGAGCAAAGCUACGAGGCAGAGAGCCUUCCCUUGGUCAUACCCAAAACCCCAGACGCCAUCACGAACACCAGCUCUGCCCCCAGUGUCUCCUCAGGUACAAGCCUGGGACUGGCAUUAGGCCUCCAUACCUCCUCAUCUUGUAUGCCCAAGCUGCUGCUGAAGCGCCACGCCAGCUACGGACACGAGGACGUGAGGAGACACACCAAAGCUGAGAAACCCACACGUGACCGAGACUCAGGCUUUUCUCUGUCUGAAGACCUCAGCGUUACCCCCAUCUAAGAAACGGCUUACUGUAACUGGGAUUCUGAUUGAUGUGAAGAUCAAAUGUCACAACCUGAGACUAGAUUUCUGGAACAAAACGCCAUGACCACGAGGGCUUUGUUACAGUCUGAGUGGCCAGCACAUCAACAUAUUGGAGCUCCUGGAAUGCUGGAAAACACAAACACUACUCUGCACUGUGAUACAGAAAGGCCCCGCUGGACUCAGAGCUCUUUCCUGGGCCUCUGGUACACUGGUAGCUGAAAACACUGGACAACAUGCAGCCCUGUGACAUGCAGCCACAUUCAAUAACUGCUGUAGUUGGACUCCUUUUCUACCUAUUUUUCUUUUUUUUUCAUGAAGGCUUUGAAAGUAGUAUAUGUUGCAUUAUAGUAAACAUUUUGUUGGUAUUUGUAGUAAUCGCUGUACAGUAGGACUAUAACAACAUGAAGAUAUUGAGCCAUUGGGAAGAGAAUCCCCAAGGAUGUGUUUUUAUUUACGAUUUUUUUUAUUUCAAAUGAUUGAAAUUCAGUAAAGGCUGUGAAGUUACUAAAACUAUUUCACUUGUAGUUUUAUGCAUACUUAAGGAACUUGCGUUACGUGGUUCACUAACGUGACACUGAUUUGCUUUCACCCUAAAUAAUGUGAAAACAGAUACGCCUAAUAUACAGCAAUAACAGGUCUACUUACUUGGUGUUUCCAACACUGAACCAGCUAAUGGAGUUUUCUCAGUUGUUCAUGGAGAUGGACUAGUUUGUAUGCAAGUAUGGAAUUUCAGUGGCGUGAGAACAAGCGGUCGUACACACAAGGAAAUCCUAAAUCCUGUUUUUAUUUGAGGAUAGUCUGAGGGUGUCAAAUGUGAAUCUUUCUCCGGCUGUCCACUGACUCUUGGUCACUUGACUUUCACCUCCUCCCAGUUGAUGCUGCUGGUUUUAGUCUGGUGUUCACAGACAGCCAGACGCAGUUACCGCUGACUUCCUGCAAACCUCACAAUGAGGACAAGAAAGUCACUGUUCCUGGCCAGGAAAUAGUCCCGCAUUUACUCCCACUUUACAUUUUGUUUUGGUGCAGAUUAAAAUAAACAACAUAUAAUGUGUUUGUUGGUGAGCAAGGAGGCAGAUAUAUUUUCCUCUAGUCAGAGCCAGACUUGCUGUUUCCAGUCUUUGUGCUAAGCUAAGCUAACUGGCUGUAGCUUGAAAUUUACUGAGCAAACAUAAGAGUGGUAUCGAUUUUCUCUGCAAGAAAAAAGAUAAGAACAUUUCCCCCAAAACACUCCCCUUAUGGUGUUUAAAUAGUUUCUGAUAAGCGUUGAUUCCUUGUGAAAAUCACUUCCUGUACGUUCUGUGCUGAGAUUUCUUUGCUAAACUACAUAGAUCUUGAUUUGGCAUUGCAUAUUUUUGACUAUUCUCUUUCCCCAUGUCCCAAUAUUUACUUGGACUUCUCAUAAAAGUAUAAGCGUGUAGAAUUUGAUGACCGCGCAGCUGUGAAAAUAUUUGCUAUUUUUGUAUUCUCUCCCGUACACUGGACUAACCCAUUGCAUUUGUAGCUGUUUUUUUUUUCAUUUAUUAUUAUUCAUGUGUGUUAAUGAAGGAUCUGUAUCACUGCCAUUAAAUACCACUGCACUGCAUCUACUGGUGCCGUGCUGGUAGUACCGAUGUUUACUCAGCAGGGGGAGGUAUUGAGCCUUGGAUCUACCAAACAUGCUGCUGCAAGUAUCUCAACUAAUCAACCGUUAAAAGCUCUAUUCAGUAUUAUUGUUUUUUGUCCUUAUUUAAUCGAUUUGGUAGUUGUAUCCAAUACGUUAUUCUUUUACUUUAUACAAUUCUUUAUUUUGAGUCUUAACAUGUCGAUAGUUUAUUUUUUAGUAUGUUGAAUGAAUUGUUACACUUAUAUAAAUAAGGGUUCUAUAGUCUUUCUGUGUGUUUUUAUGCUCAGGCCUGCUGAUAUUGGUGAGUGUUAUUUGGGUUGCUCAACAGUCCACUUGAAAUGGUGACCUAUACCAAAAGGCUCAAAUUAUUUUCCAAAGACUUAUUUUUAGUGAGAUUUGUGCCAUUUAGAAAUAUAGAUUACUGUGGAAUUCAUUUUACAGAGAAGGAAAAAAAAUCCCCCUUGUCUUGCUCACAGUGUAUAUUUUUUAUGGUCUGGUGCGUUUUAUUUCACACUUUUUUCUGUAUUCGUUAUGUUGGUGAGGGUGUUAAUGACUCAACCAAAAAUACAAAGACAUUCUAUGCAAUAUACCGUCUUUUACCCUUUCCUCUAACCUAAUUGUGCCCCAAUAAAUCAA